CUGUGUCACCUACUCUAGGUGACCCUGCUUGGCUGGAGGGGCGGAGCAGAUGACCUCCAGAGGUCCCUUCCAAGCCGAACGAUUCUGGAAUUCUGUGCGAUUCUGUUUUUUUUUAAACCUUCUGUAGGCCUAGCACACGACGGGAGGUGCCCGCCGCCCCCGGAGCGCGGCACAGCCCAGAGCUGGGCACUCCAGCUCGCACAGGCCGCGCCCGGGGCUGGCCCGCAGCACUCCCGGCUCCCGGGGCACUCGGGGCACUCCAGGCGCUCCGGGCGCUCCGGGCUUUCCGGCCGCGGCCCAGGCGCAGGCGCGGGGAGCAGGCGGGGUCCGGUCCGCUCCUCCCGGUGCCCGUGAUCCCUGCGCCGUUCCGUAGCCGCAGCGCAGGGAGGCGGAGGAGCGUGGCCCAGCCCGGCCCGCCGCGCUGGCGAGAUGGCGGCGCAGAAGAUUAACGAGGCGCUGGAGCACAUCGCGAAAGCGGAGAAAUACCUGAAAACUGGAUUCUUAAAGUGGAAACCAGAUUAUGACAGUGCAGCUACUGAAUAUGGGAAGGCAGCUGUUGCUUUUAAGAAUGCCAAGCAGUUUGACCAGGCAAGGGAAGCCUGUUUACGGGAAGCUGAGGCACAUGAAAACAAUAAAGCUCUCUUUCAUGCUGCCAAAGCUUAUGAGCAAGCUGGCAUGAUGCUAAAGGAGAUGCAGAGGCUCCCUGAAGCAGUUCAGCUGAUCGAGAAAGCCAGUAUGAUGUACCUGGAGAAUGGGACACCAGACACAGCAGCCAUUGCACUGGAACGAGCUGGAAAGUUAAUAGAAAAUGUGAGUCCAGAGAAGGCUGUGCAGCUCUAUCAGCAAGCAGCAUCAGUGUUUGAAAAUGAAGAACGUUUACGGCAGGCAUUAGAAAUGCUAGGGAAGGCAUCAAGACUUUUGGUCAGAGGACGCAGAUUAGAUGAGGCUGCACUGUCUCUUCAAAAGGAAAAAAGUAUUUAUAAGGAAAUUGAAAACUACCCCACUUGCUAUAAGAAAACUAUUGCUCAAGUCUUAGUUCAUCUUCAUAGAAAUGAUUAUGUUGCUGCAGAAAGAUGUGUGAGGGAAAGCUACAGUAUACCAGGAUUUAAUGGAAGUGAAGACUGUGCAGCACUGGAGCAACUUUUAGAAGGGUAUGAUCAGCAAGAUCAGGAUCAAGUUUCUGAAGUCUGUAAUUCUCCACUCUUCAAAUACAUGGAUAAUGAUUAUGCCAAGCUUGGUCUUACCUUGGUGGUCCCGGGAGGUGGAAUCAAGAAGAAAUCACCAAACGCUGCCCAAGACAAAGCCAGAGGACCAGCUGCAGUGGGCUCCCAUGCUGAUGAGGAAGAGGAUGAAUAUUCUGGUGGACUAUGCUAGCUGCAGACUAGGUUGUCAUAUCUGACUGACUUGUGAUGCUGACCAUAUCCAAAGGUACCGGAUUUACCAGAGCUUCAUUGCAAUUGUGAUAUGGGAAUCCUAAUACUAACUUGGCAGCUUCUGGGUGCAAUGGCAGGAGAAAAAGCAUGAUUGUACCCAUCAUCUUGAAACAUCUUUGGACUUCAUCUCUUUAACUGGCAGGGGCUUCCUUAGGGCCCUACCUUCAGCUGACAGGAAAAAAAUUGAAGAGAGUUUUACUAAAAGCACAGUUUAAAAGAAAACAAAACUUCAGAAGCACUGGAGGGGGAGUAGUACAGAAUUUUACAUGCUGGAUUUCCACAGCUGACACUUUUGAUCCCAGUAAGAUGUUUGCAGUUCUCCUCAGAGUUAAAUGUAUGAUCAUUUAUCUGGCUGUUUAUCUCCUGUUUAAGACUAUUCAAGGCAGACUGUGCCAGCCAGGAUUUUUACUUAUGUAAGCACUAGGGGGAGCAUUCAGUUUGUUUUCAACAUGUUUUUACUGCACUAGGGAAUAUUAUUUUAAUACCUUAUUUUUACAGUAUCCACAUGAGUGUGAAAAACACUAAGUCAACUAGUUUGAAGUUAUCUUGCAAGCUUAAAAAUACACAUCUGCCUUUCCUCAUAAGAAAUUUAUUGACCUGAAGUAUUUGGAAAUAAAUGUGUCCAUAGUAUUUGUAAUGUGCACCUUAGAAAAGGAAGGAGUGAACAACCAUUCUUAGCAGUGUUUUUGAAGCAUGCCAUAACCAAAAAAGAAACUGAAGUUAGCAGGUAAUAACUUCUGAAGGUGAAUGUUUAACAAAAACAUAGGUAGAAUGUUUCAGUGAAAUGUUUGAGCUCAUAAGUGUCCUAGGUAUUUAUUUGCUAAUCAGUAUGCUAAAAAUAUGAAAGAAUCAAAUGUGUUCAUACAUUAGCAUGUAUGAAGACAUUUGAUUCUUUCAUAUUUUCAAAGCAUUGAACAGAUAUCUCCUAUAAGUGGCAUUUUUCAAGCUUGCUUAGAAUCCAAGGUAACCAAAUUUUAAUGCAUCCUAUUUCUAUUUGGUUUCAAGUCAUCAUGUGUUUUGCAAGCUUCUUUAGUGUCCUGAAUUUGUUCCACCAUUUUAUGCUUAAAAGUUGUCGAGUCUAAAAGUUGCACCUGUGGCUUGUUUUUUUCAGCAGGACCUAAGCAAGGUCUGCACUAGGGUGAUGUCACUUGGAAUCCAGCAGGAAUUUGUAUGUGCUGCCCAAAGCUCUGUAAACAAGAGACCAAAAGCCCAGUGUGAAGUGUUGAGAUCGUUUCUGUCACAUUAAAGGAUUGGAUGUCAUCAGAUGUAUCAAGCAUAUGUCAGACAAAAUUGUGUCAGGUGUAGUUGUGAUGAAGGUUCACAUUUUAGAGGGGUAGUGCUCACUUUCCUUGGGGUGAAUAGCACUCAGUAACAUUGAGAUGGGAGCACAAACUGCAGCAUAACUUGGUGUCACAUUAGAAGGUCACAUUAUUCAAUUUAAUGAGUGUUCAGAGACCAGUUUUGUGUCUUUGUCUUGUGUAAUAAUAACUAUGAGUUCUAAAGCUAUUUAAGAUGCAACUGUAGGUCUUCAUUAUCUGAUGGGUAAUUUCUCUUUGUUAUUGAUGAUGUAUGUAAAAGUUUUGGCUCUAUGAAAAUUUAGGAAGUGAGUUGCUUUUCUCUGAGAAUGCUUGCAGUUAUACAUGAGAGAUGGUUUUGAAGACUUUCCUAGAAUUCUACAGCUCUUCAAGAAUUUUUGCUGUUGGAAACUCACUUCAGUUUAACUGGAAUUUAACUUCUGCCUUCUGGAUUUGAAUCAGGUGGAACAUAACACUUACUAUGGGUAGUCGUCAUCACAGGUGGAAAAAAAUGCACAUGUAGAAACUCUGGGGACACUAAGUAAUUUUCUUCAAGCAUUUCCUGCUCUUUCUAAUUCUGAAAUGAGUUUUAUUGUGUGAGCCCAAGGAGUCUGCUUUUUAUAUGUGUGAACAGUUGCAUGUAUCUGAAAUGAUGAGGUGCUUAAGAAAAUUGGGAGCUGUGUGUGCUUCUGUGGAAGAAUUUUCAGAUUUAUUUAAACUGUGCUUGUAACACUAACAGGCCCUUAAAAGAAAAUUUAAAAUCUGUGUUGCAUUUUUAAGACAUACUUUCCAUAUAUAAAAAAAAGGUGCAAAACUGUCUUCCUCCCUCCUCAAGUUGUUUCUUUGUUCUGUGCCAAGUGUGGAAAAUCUGGGAAAAAAGUGACUGGUACUAAACAGGUUAAGCUGCCAUUGAAUUGACAUUUCUAAUUCUUAGUAGUAGAAUCUUAAUCUUUAAUUGCAAUGUUGCUGCAAAGACCAAAUCUGCAGAAAUGGAAGCGUCUGAAAAGAAGAUGGUCUAUUUUAUAUAACUUAUUCUCCUAUUUUAGACAGUGAAAGUGUGUUAGGAAUGUUAACUGCCUUUUAGUAAAUGUUUAACUAUAGAAGAAACUGUCUGUAUAUUACGUGUUAGUGUUUGUUUCUAUCUUUCAAAGCAAUUUGCACACUUAUGUAAAUACCAUUUAAGUGAUCUAAAAUGGAAAAUAUAACAUUUACAGCAAGAGAGUUUCCAAAACCAGUGUUGACUGUAAUAAAAAAAAAAGUUAAAUUGUGCAUGGAGGCUGAGCAAUGGCUGAUGCAAUAUUUAUGUAAAAUCAGAAGACUUCUAAAUUAUCUGUAACUUAAUAGUCAGAUGAUCAAGUGCAGUGUGAAACCUGUGCUUUACUUGUUCUUUUCCCAAAUCUGUGGUGUGAUAGAGUACAAAAUGUGUUUGCAACAGCUCUUCAGAUGCUGCCUCUUGAGGCUGUGUGUUUCACCAACAUGAAGAAUAAAACUUGAAAUUAAUGUAUA